UGAAGCUUUUCUUCUCUCGUUUUUCUUUUUAACUCCACAAAUAUUUUUCAUAUUUACCUACCUAAAUAUUAUAACUAAACUUGUUAUUGCCCAGCUGUAAACAGAUAACCAAAUCAAAUUCCUAACAUGGGCAACCCGAAAGAAGCUGGAGAAGAGGAUGCGCCGCCACCACCGCCGUAUACCGCAAUCGACAGCAGCCAAGCGCCGCCCUACGCAGCCGCGUGCGGAAGCAGCCAAGCGCCGCCCGUCGCGGGCGCGAGCGCCAUCGCGGGAGUAAGAAAUCGGUUCCCGCAGUGCCUCAACGCGUACUUCGAGAAGAAGUUCAUGUCCAAGGUGUUCCACCUCGGGGAGCACGCCGAGACGCCGCUCUACGCCGUGACCAUGCACAGCGGGUGGUCGGGCAAGCCGCUGCUGGAGAUGCACGCGGGGCCGAGCGAGUCGGACCCCGUCGUCGCGACGGCGGGCCACGAGAGCCGGUGGAGCAGCGGCAAGCGCACCGUCAUCCAAGUAUUCCCCGACCCCGCCUCCGACCCCGGCGGACCCACCACCUCCGCGGGCGAAUCGAGCUCCGGCUCCGGCUCCGGGUCUGGGUCUGGGUCGCCGGGCGCAGCCAAAAAAACCGUCCACAUGACACAAAAGCACUCCUGGACGCGCCUGUGGCACGAGCUAUCCGUCGAGGUGGGCACGGGCAAAAAGGUGCGCGCGGAGGACUUCAAGUGGCGGCGGACGCGGGGGGAGGAGGUCAAGGAGCUGGACAAGUGGGGGCAAGGGUGGAAGCUGGUGCGGCUGAGCGGGACGGCGGCGGGGAAGAACGCGACGAGCGACGGCAAGGAGGUGGUGGCGGUGUGGACGGUGAACGGCAGCUGGAGCAUGAACAAGUUCUGCAAGUUCCAGUUCCUGGAGAGCGGGGCGACGGGCGUGCUGGGCGACGCGUUCGCGCUCGUCGCGCUCGUCAGCGGCUUGAAGAUCUGGUACCUCGAGUUCAUAGAGAGUACCGCUGCUAGCGCGGGCUGAAGAAUAGCAGUCUUUAUGGAGGUUAUUCCGAUGGCUAUCGGGUGUUUUGUAGGCACCUAGGUUAGGUAGGUUAGGGAGGUAUGGUUAUCCUGGAAAGGUUUGGGUUUGGAUAGGACGAAUAGUUGUUGGCUCAAUGUUAAUUAAUGUCUUUACUAUAUAGAUAGGUAGGUAGGUACCUAUUAAGUAUGCCACUUGAAUACUCCGUAUACUAUCCCAUCCAAGGAAAAAGGGAUCAUGAGAUAAGUUCAUUAGUAUAGGUUUACAUGGUUUUCUUAGAUUAUCUACCUAAUAUACCUACCUAGGUAUUUAGGUACCUACCAUUGAAAUUAAAUUGAGUCUGAGAUAACGUCCAUGAAGACUUUCUAGGCGCAGAUACGGCGUAUAAGUCUC